AUGGGAAACGAAACUGAUGUAGAAACUAUGUCUUCUGGGAGCAAUGAAGAAAUGUCCUUGAAGCAUGACCUUGACACAAGUUUUGAAGAGAUGGGUUUGAGUCAAGUGAAACUACGUGGUGUUGCUUCUCAUUCCAAAGUCACUUUAGGUAAACGCAAACUACAGCAAUUUCACAAUAAACUGAAAGAUCAAGAAACCACAAUACAGAAACGAGUUGCCAAAGUUAUUGAUGUUAUGUCAGAAGAUCUAGAACUAUCAAAGAACAGUUAA